GCAAAAGACAGUCUAUGUGCAAGGGCGAAGAAGAACACGACGGAAAGGAAAACACAGCGACAACCAAGCCACGGGCAGGCAGCGAACGGAAAAGCGGACAAAGGCAAAAAAUCCUCCUUCGCCGUUCGCUACACUGCCGCCGCGUGACGACGAUCCCAGGAGAAAAGAACGGAACUAGUUGAUAGUGUGCAAGGCGGGCGGACGGACAGUGCCGGCGGCGUGGUCAUGAUAAUACCGGAGUGAAAGCAACAGUCACGCGGUCCCCGAUCGACCACAAAAACGGACACGCGUGUGCAGUAAUAUUGCAAUACAAAUAAUAAUAUUAGUCGUGUGUGGUGACCAUGUUAGCCGCGAGGUCAUCGAUACUGCCAUAAUUGCGUCGCGCCAACGGGCGACGCGACGAACCCCGACCGACGAUCGGAGGCGGGUGUGUGAGUGUUUGGAGUGUGCAAUCUGAGGAAACGCGUGCCAAACAAAUAUUGCGGGCCACCGAACGGAGAGCGCGUGUUUGUGUAUGAGCGAAAGACGACACAGGAAAGUACAGUACGAGAUCAGUGACUCGCUGCGCGGCUCGUCCCUUUCGAAAGACCUCUCCGAAGCGACCGGCUCGGAGUGGUGUCGGAACCGGGGAGCGGUGGAGCGCAUUUCGGAUAGAUGAAUGCGGCCAUUUGGUGGGAUAGGAGGCGCGAAGCAGGCGUGAGACGGUUGGUGGUGGUGGUCCAGAAGGGCGGGCUCCAGCUGCGCUCGGAGUCCUGUGGCAAUUGAUCCCCAAUUUGGUGGGUGCUGGCAGCUGCUAGUGGUCCACACACAAGAACAUGAUGUAUGUGUUUCACGUGGACCAAGGUCGCAUGAUGACCUUCGAUAUGAACUGGAUGUUCGAGGACAUCCGGAAGCUGAAGGAGGUGAUCGAACGCCAUCAUGCGAUACCGGCCCGCAGCAUCGUGCUGCUCGUCAGCGGCGGCGAGUUGCUGGUGAACGAUAGUCGCGUCUGCAACUACGCCACCGGUACCGACACGAACCCGAUCUACAUGUUCAGCACCAACAUCAAGGAUCUGCCACCGGCGUCCACUGGGCCGAGUAACACGGAAGUCGAUCUGGCUGCGCUGGUGCAGAAAAGCCUGGAGCUUCCAGUGUCUUACCAGACCGUGGUGGCGCGCACCCAGCUGGCGGCCAAGAUCUGCGAGAUGGCACGCGAGGAGUUUAAGCGUUGUGAAGCGCUGGUCCACGAGCAACACCUGCAGCAGCAGGGCUGGGCUGCGGUGGUCGCCAACAUGGAGGACACGGUGAAGGAGUUUACCGAGCGGUGCGAAAACUUCUUCCGCUACUACGACGAGCACCUGCGGGCGCGCGAGGAGCAAAGCGACAUUUUGCAGCACUUUGACAAGAAUCUACAAGAGCUAGCGGACAUACCGAUUCUGACUACCCUGAUGGAGAACGCGGAAUCGCGCCCGUACGGUGUGUUUGACGAGGUGUUCCACCACAGCUCGGCGACGGCCGGUUCGAGUUCGGUCGGCAGUGGGGGUUCGAAAGCGCCGUCGGCGAGCCAGGUCGGCGAGACACCCGCCCCGAAGGCACUGACCUCCGGCGGCGAAACAUCACAGGUCAACGAAUCGACGACCGACGACACGCAGAAGACGACGACCGGUGAAGUGGAAGAGUCGGCCGGUGCCGCCACACUGACGGAGACGGAACGUGCCAAGGGUAUUUCGCUGCUCGAUUGGAUUUCGGCUUCCGAGGGCCAGCUAACGCUUCAGCGGAUGGCCGAGGAGUGUCGCGUCGAGCUGGACAAGUUCGACCGAAAGCUGCUCACGACCUUCAACGAUCGCAUUGCCAAAGCGGUGAACAUGUCCCAAAAUAAUGAUAUUAAGGUGGUGAAGGGCUUGGAGGAACGCCUGUGUGGUCUCGAUCAGCUGCUGGCGGACGCGAAAAAGAUCGUACAGGACCAGAACGAGCUGGCGCAUAGCAUCCAGAUGAAUCAGACGCGCGCCAACAUCCUCGGCGACGCGUCGAUACUGCCAGAUCUGUGCACGCUGCACCAAAACCACCUCCGGCUGAUGCUGGAUAAUCACAAAAAGAUGUUCGAAUACCGUCGCCGCUGCACCGUGGCCAAGGAUCAGCUGAGUGAUAACAUAACGAAGAGAUUAGCGUACAUUAUAAGUGUGGAAACGAAGGUGAGUGAGCAUGACAACUAUAUGCUGUUCUACCGGACGUCGCUGAAGCGGCUCCAGAAGCACCUCAGCAUCAUCGAGCAGAUCCACAUGGCACCGUGCAUGUACGUGAGCGCCGUCACCGAAGUCGUUCGGCGUCGAAUGUUUUCCAGCUCUUUUCUAAGGUGGGCUUCCGAUUUGGCGUGCCGCCUGAUGGCGAUACACAACGAGGAGGUGAUGCGACGGCAGGACUUUACCGCGCAGUUCGAGGGCCACUUCCUCAGCAGCCUGUUUCCCGGAAUGAGCGAUUUGCCACCGUCCUACGCCAUCCAGGCCCCGUCGGUGUUCGAUUCUAGUCUACCAGCUUUGGAUAAGCUGGAUCUCGAGGAGCUGUCUCGCUUUCUGCCCAAGCUGACGGAACAAAUCCCGCUACCGAACAUAGCUUCUGUGAUAGAUUUCUUUCAAACACGAUCGGUAGAGCAGCAGCAGAAUCCGCAGCAACAGCAGAACAGCACCACCAACAGCACCAACAAGGACGACACUUCCGGUUCUGGGGCGAGCAAAAGCAACGACUCCCAGGAGCCGGCGCGGCAAAGCAUUGAAAAGGUCCAGGUUGGUGCCGAAUCGGAAACCGACACGGAGGAGUUCGAGAAGGUGCACAACCAAAGCACCGAACGGCACGACGAAGCGACACAAGUCGGUGGCGGCGACGACGACGAUGACGACGACGACGACGAUAACGACGACGACGAGGAUGCCGAGCGCUGCCGGGCGGUGGUCACCUGCAGUGUAUCGACGUCGACGGAGACGGUCGAGAAGGUGUGCGCGGAAACACUGACAGAGGACAACCUUGGCAGCACGCGGCUCGAGGUGGAACGGCUGAAGCGGUUGCUGGGAAGUGUCCACGAGCUGACGCAGCAAUCGAUCAGUGUGUUGCGUGAGCAGCUGACGAGUGUGCGAACCGAAUCCGACGCGAACCGCGCCCAGUUCCAGGCGCAGCUGGCUGCCAUCAACCGGGCGUGGAACGAUAUUCAGGAGUUGGCGCGUAACCGCGAGCGUGAAACGAUCCAGCAGCUAACGGUCGAUCACGAGCUAGAGAUGAACGAUCUGCGCAAAAGCAUCCACCAGAAGGACGACGAAGUGCAGUCGCUUCGGGCGGACAACAGCACAAUGAAGGCGAGCCACAUUGCGACGGUGGCCAGCUACGAGCAAGAGAAGCGCCAGUUGAGUGACCAGAUUGGCGAGAUGCGCGGGGUGAUCGAUCGCCUGGAGGGUCAGCUGACCGAGGCUGCCGUCGACCGGAAGCGAGCGAUCGAGGAAGCGGUCCAACAGCUGGAGCAUCGGCACCGUACGGACAUCGAAACGCUGCGCAGUCGCUACAAGCUGAUGGCGAGCGUCGACAAGUCACCGUCCGAUACGAGCCUCGAAAAGAUCGAGAAGCCGGACACGAUCGAUUUGGCGCUGCACGUACAAAUACUGGGUCAAGCGCAGGAAGACUUUGACCAAACUUUGAAAAGUAAAAUCAAGGCAGCGGUCGAGGAAGAACGUCAACGGUGGGAGAGCAAUGCAAUCGCUGCCGGCGGCAGCGGUGCUGGUGGAAAUCGGUUGCAUCGUUCGUAUACGGGCAGUGGUGGCGGUUCACCCGGAACUACACCGACCGGUGGCGGCAGUCAGGAUGUGUACAAGCGCAUCCUGGAGGAAAAGGACCGGCAGCUGGAGGAGCUGCGCGAUAAAGAGGCACUGUUGGUGCGCGAGAAUCGGCGCAUGAAGGAAACGAUCCAAUCGCUGACGGAUCCGGAGUUGAGCCUGUACGAAACCAACUAUCGAAAUCAGCUCGACACGGUCGAGGCAGAGCGGCAGAAGUUGGUGAGCGAGAUGAUUUGCCAGCGGCACCAGCUUAGCACCCUGCAGCAAGAGCGACAAUCGCUGGCCCGUAAGCUAGAAAAGCAGCGACGGGACGCGGCACAGUUGCUGAGUUGCAGUGUAGGGGACACCGUGACGUUCGUCUUCAACCCGCCGUACACACAGUACACGGUGCUGCAGGCUUCCGAAUUUCUCUUCUUCGUACACGAAAGUAGCUACGCGGAGCUACGCCUUCAGCCACUGGUACCGGGUGAAAUCCCGUUGAUCCCGUUUGGCAUUGGGACCGUGGUGCACAAGGAGUUCUGCCAUGCCCGGCGGGACGACAACCGGUAUCGGGUGGCGCGGGAUACCCAGUUCUACCGCGUCAAGCUGAAACCGAUCAAUUUGAAGAGGGACAGUAAAGGUGGCAGUUCAUCGUCGGGUAAAAGUAGCUCCAGUGGCAGCACUCCGUCAGGCAGCGCCACCGUCACGACCCAGCAGAAGGAGAGUAGUGGUACCGGCGGCACUCGCGUUGUCACCGCCUCGACCACUGCGCCCAGUAGCUUUGUCCUUCGACUGAUUGAUUCAUUCGCACAAACGGAAGUACCACCGACGACGACGACGACGACGAUCGGAUCACCUGGGUCGCCGGCUGGCGAUGGAAGCAAAUCACCGACCGGUUCCAACCGCGAUAUGAUCGAUUCCGGUGUGGUGGAGCAGCAGCGCAGCAGCUACCGGGAGCGCAACGUCAGCAUCACGGACGAGGACGACAUUCCGCCGGUGAUCGGGUCUCACGGAAGUAUCGAUCGCAUUCGCUACCAGAGCGUCUGCGAAGAGGAAGACCCGGACCGGCCUGUCGACGAUGGCGAGGAGCUGCCGGCCGAAGAAAGCGGUGUCGGUGGCGGCGGCAGUGCGACGGUCAUUCUGUCAUGCUACACAAGCGCUACUGACACCUCCAUCGUCACCAUUCGCACCGGAUUGGCGGCGUCGAUCGGUGUCGACUCGAUGAGCGCUUCGGAACUGAGCGGUGGUGACUGUGUGGCGAUGGCCACUGGCGACGGUAGCACCAGCGAACUGAGCAGCAGCACCGCCAGCCACCAGCGUCAGCCCGAGCACCAUCAUCUGCUUUACGCUACUAACAAUCCGCCGACGAUCGCGGACGAUGUCAGCGAUUCGGCCGACUCCGAGUAUCGGUCGCUGGAAGCGAACGAUCAGGACGAUAGUGACAGUGCGGCGGCUCCACUGCCGACGACGACGACGAGUAUGGCCAGCAGCAGCGAACCGUAGGCACGCCUCUUCUAGGCCGCGUAGUGCGGGGAGUGGUGAUCUGUCGCGCCGACUCGAACGCCGACUGCCAGAAAGGGGUCACGGGAGGACAUGGCACAAACCCACGUGCUCACGUGCGCUGCCCUUCGCUAGACUGAGAUAAUUUUAACUGUUUUUGCCACCAUCUGACGAUCGAUUGAUCGACGGCAAGGAAAAGAGUGUGCUUUUGUCUGUGUGUGCGCGCGUGUCCCUGCGCCUGUUUCUGUGUGGAGCUCUAACGUACUAAUUUGCUAAAAAUUCUAACCGAUUGCAGUUUGCAGUUGUGGGCAGCUUAGCAAAACGGCCUCUCGAGCCAUACGUUCGUUCAUUUCUUGCUCUUCGAUCAUCCGUUUGCUGUAUCCUACUUUCCAUUCAAAUUAAUUCAAAUUCGCAAAGCAAAGCACAUAGCCGUAUCUUCAAUAAACCUGUUAUAAAAUAUUAUUUUAUUCCGUUCUUGCAUUGGAUAUCUAAAGCAUUUCUUAGAACGCGCUAGUUUAAAUUUACUGUCAACUGAUCGGGGUUAAUUACUUGUGAAUGGCCACCUUUUCGGCGACCAUUUUAUAGUGCUUCCUGAUUCAGUAAAUCUUUGCCCCUGUCAGGAACACUGAAUAUGUUAAAGUUAUCAACCUAGAGCAGCUACACUACUAAAUUCGUUUAAAUCAUAUAAUCUAAUGCAAUUACCCUUGUGGACGGUUAGCUUUGAAUAGGUUUCCAAAUUACUACUCUAUCGCAGUUCCACAAUUCAACGCACCUUGGCAGCUAAAAGGAAUCAAUGUUCCUCAGAAUCGGAGCUUUCUAUCCUGUUACAGAAAGUCGAUUGCCAAACCAUUCGCAGAUCGCGAUCGGAAGUUAGAAAGUCAUUUGGCCCCUUUUUUGGAUGCUGUCCUUUACUGAUUUGAACUGGCAAAGGGAUUCCAUUUUCACUAUUCAGCGACGUAGUCCCACUUCGCACACAUUAUUUGCGCAAACGAUGUCAUAUAUUCAUUCAGUUACUUCAAACACACACAUUCAAGCACUGGUGCACCGUCGACGGUCGGCUAAUAGCGGAGUGUUGACUCUCAUUUAUAAAUAUUGUAAGUAACGUUUGAAACAGCGCCACGUGGCGGAAGGCUUAGUUGUAGUUAUUAUCUGCUUGAAACAAUUAAAGAAAUUCAAUAUGAUAGAAUGCAGAAUAGAAAGGAAACGCAUUGAUUAAACAAAAUUUACUUCGAAUUAGCAUUAAGCGAAACAAACCUAGGAAUAAAACCGACUACAAAGGAUACGCUUAUGAUAACCACUGGCUGCAGGGGAACUGAAAUGAGACGCAAAGUCAAACGCAAGCGCAAGAAUCAUUCGUAGAACACGAAAACUGGUGAUAAGGCACAGGUAAGAUUACGCUACUGUCGGCCGGAAUGGAAUUCUAAUGUAAGCGGGGAACUGGAAGGAACUGGAAGAAGCGACUCUUGAUGCUGUGUGGGAACACCGUUUGACGUUAGCUGGACAGCUAUCAUUCGGAAUGGAAAGAUUGUGAAGCAAACGCACUAGGGGUUAAGCGCGCGCGACCGUUUAGGAAAAGGUCGACAAUGUUGUGUACAUUUUCUACUUCAGUAAAAUCGAAACUUUAAUACAGUAGUGGUCUUGAUGAUAGCGGAAGAAAAACAAAACUCCUUACACGGCAGUUCCGGGCAGCCACUCAACACUGUGUCAACUUUCUUUGCGGUGUGAGUGAGUUUCAAAAGCAAAAGCGCUGAAGGGGUUGUAUGAAAAUGUACAGCCACACGUAGGUUAGUAGGUUCCCUAGAAUUUAUGCAUCGCUACUAUUACGCUCCUAUUGUUUAUUACUACUGUUCAUAGACAACACACACACACAUACAGCUGCUGCUACUACAAACUAGUGGACGUGAUACGAGCUACAAGGGCGUGAAGUGAAGAGAACAAACGAACAAAACCGAUUAGUAGAUAAAUAAAGCCGAUUCAAUGAAACUUCA